UCAGACUGCUCACAUCAGUCAGAAACAUGGAGGAAGACAGGAGCUUGCCCAAGAGGCCGUGGGACACCUGUCGAGAGAUCCCCGUCAUUGAAGAUGAACAGACGCCAUGGAAACUGAUCAAACUACUGAAGGCUAUCAGUCUCUGUGUAGUUGCUGUGACUGUGUUUGGAUUGGCUCUAUGUAGCAAGGCUUCGUUCCUCCUCCUCAUCACCUUGUCCAAUGAAGGCACCAAGACCCUCCCGGCUGAGCAGAAACCUGUCGCUCUGCUGUGUAUCGGCUGCUCUCUCAUCGCGUCCAGUGUGCUUCUCUUGCAAAAGAGCAUCUGGAAGGCGUGUUAUAAAUCCUCAAAGGUGCCGGUCAAAACAACGAUGGCUUUGGUUCUGUUCUUUGAGUUCAUCGUGUCUCUGGGUGCAGCGAUUCUCACAAUCGUAGCAAUGCCACACUUGGACAUCGUGACCAACGUGACGAUACUGAAUGGUGUAGCCGUCCUCUCUGCGCUCCUACAGGUGGUCACUCAGUGCACUGCCAAAGAAAGGAACCGCUUCCUGGCGCCAUCCAUCACUGCCUUUAUCCUGAUUUUGCUCGGUUACGUCCUGUUCCUCGUCUUAUACAUUAUGAAGGAUCCUACUGGUAUCAAGAGGGGCAUUUGGGUGGGUCUGGCUGUUGGUGGGGCUUUCUUGGUGUCUUUCAAUUGGUGGGAGAACUACUUGAGACUCAUCAGCGAGAACAGCAGCUCUGUCUUUCUCAAAGAGUUGUGUAAAGAUGUGAGAAGGAGCCAAACGAUGCUGCACAUCCUCUCAAGCCUGCUCAGGAUCGUGGUGACCGCCUGUGUGCUCGGAGCCUACGUCCCUCUGGCCAAAAUGGACUGGGACAUAGUGACCUCCAUCCCGAGGCGUGAGACAAGAAUUAUAGCCAUCAUCAUUGGGGUCCAGCUGGUCUCCUCUGCACUCUGCCACUGGUUUGCUGUGGCUGCCUGCAAGAUGCACGCCCUGCGACGGUGCUUCAUCCUGCCUUUGUACCUGGCCUCUCUGGCUGUCAUGGCUCUGCUCAUCAUCCCUGUUAUCGUUUACUAUCAGGACUACAGAAUAAGUCUGAACGGGACUGAAAGCAUCAACUUCACAGGCUACUGCAAUGUAGUUGUGGAUGGAAGAAACCAAAGCGGCAGUGUGUUCCCACAUCUGGUUCUGGAUGUUACACACACUCUGUGCUUCCUGGACAUGUCCAAGAUAACUGACAUUGGCAUGCUGACAGGUUCAGCAGUGUCCUGGUGGCUCGGUCUUGUGUUGGCCACUGUCCACAUCUGGAACCUCAGUCUGUAUCGCAUCCAGAGGACACAGGACCUGUUCAUCAGGAGGUUGUACGAAGGAGGAUUUAUAGAGCAGUCACUGCUUCUAAAUGCUCGAUUUGACAUCCAGACGACUGAGAAGCAAAAGAAAUUCAGGCCACUAGACCCGGUGAAAGUGUUCCUCUGUGCCACCAUGUGGCAUGAAACUUACGACGAGAUGAUGAAGAUAAUAAUUUCAAUAUUUCGACUGGACAGGUACAGGCCAAAGAAGGAAGGAGAAACAAGUGAUGUGACUUUUGAAGGCCACAUCUACUUCGACGAUGCCUUCAGUGAUGUUCCCGGAAGUCGAGGGCGCCACGUCAACGAAUAUGCAGAGAUGCUUGUGGAAAUUAUCCGAGAAGUUUACAGUAUCUUCCUAAACCUCGAUAAAGACGUCUUCAAAAAGCAGCAGCAGAUCCCUGAUCAGAAGAUCGUGAGGACGCCGUACGGAGGACAUGUAGUGGUCAACAUGCCUCAUGGAAACAGCCUGAUGAUUCACUUCAAGGACAAACAACUCAUCCGACACAAGAAGAGAUGGUCUCAGGUCAUGUACUUGUAUUAUCUCCUGGGCUGGAAAGUUACAACCAACUACUACAAAAGGUUGGAGAAAGGAGAGGACGAGGCCGAACUGAAAAGAGAGCUUCAGAAAGAGAAGCACAACACCUACCUCCUGGCUUUAGAUGGAGACACAGACUUUCAGCCAGCUGCUGUGAUGUUGCUCAUCGAUCGUCUGAAACUGUAUCCGCUUGUCGGGGCAGCAUGUGGCCGGAUUCACCCUACUGGAUCAGGUCCCAUGGUGUGGUACCAAAAGUUUGAAUACGCAGUGGGCCACUGGCUUCACAAGACAGCAGAGCAUGUGUUUGGCUGCGUGCUUUGCAGCCCGGGCUGCUUCAGUCUGUUCAGAGCAGCAGCGCUGAUGGAUGACAAUGUGAUGAAAAGAUACACCAUCAAGGCCACAAAGGCUAAACACCACAUCCAGUACGACCAAGGUGAGGACCGCUGGCUGUGCACUCUGCUGCUAAAGCAGGGGUGGAGAGUGGAGUACAAUGCAGCCUCCGACGCCUACACCAACGCCCCGGAGGAGUUCAAAGAGUUCUACAACCAGCGUCGGCGAUGGGGACCGUCCACCAUGGCCAACAUUGUGGACUUGCUGGGCUCUGGCACCCUUGUUACCAAGAGGAACCCCUCCAUGUCCAAACCCUACAUGUUCUACCAGCUCUUCAGCUUGGUCUCGUCCAUUCUGGCACCUUCCACCGUCGUCCUUAUGAUCGCAGGUAGUUUGACAGUGUUGCUUGACAUUCACCCCAACAUCGCUCUGGUCCUGUCUUUGACCCCUCCGGCUAUCUUCCUCGGUAUCAGCUUCAAGAUCAAAUCAGACACUCAGAUCCUAAUUGCAGCAGUCUUGAGCAUCCUGUACGCCUUCGUCAUGAUGAUAGCAGCACUUUCCAUAAUUGGCAACAUGGUGAAGGACAAAACCAUCAUGACUCCCAGCAGCCUCUUCCUCAUCGCCCUUGCCACUUUUUACCUCCUUACUGCACUCAUGCAUCCUCAGGAGGUUGGCCUGGUGUGCUUUGGCUUGCUGUACAUCCUCUGCAUCCCCAGCGCCUAUAUGCUGCUGGCUAUUUACUCCAUGGUCAACAUGAACAAUGUGUCCUGGGGCACCAGGGAGACGGCAGCUCCUGGAGCCACCGCCCCACAAACCCAAGUCCAGAAAGCCAAAAGCACAUUUGCACAGUUCUUCACACGGUCCAAAUGCUGUCGACAACUCUGUCGGAGAGGAAGUGAAGAAGAGCUCAGCGGUGUGGUGGCACCAGAGCCUCAACUUCAACCCCAAAACACUAUUGUGGAGGAAGUGAGGAGUCCUGCGCAGGAGCAGAGGCAAAUGGUUCCUGCUUUCACCUGCCCUAACCAGUGUUGGGUCACACAACUGCAGAGUUUGUCUGAUGACAUGCGCCUGCAGGAAGAUUCCCUUGACCAGGAGGAGGAGCAGUUCUUCAGAGAGAUGAUCACCAAAUACCUGGAGCCUCUUCCUGAGAACAAAAAGAAGCAGAAAAAAAUGGCAGAGGAACUCAAGGAUUUGAGAAACAAGAUCACCUUCAUCUACUUCAUUUGCAACGCCUUCUGGCUCAUAGCGACCUUCGUCCUGCAGCUCUUAGAGUGGUCCGUCCUUAUCCAGGUGCCGAAGGUGGACAUCAACCUACAGUUUACUGGAGAGUACAUGUACAUCGACCCUCUGGGCUUCAUGUUCAUCCUGGCCUUUGCCUUGCUGGUUCUCAUCCAGUUCAUAGCCAUGGUGUACCACAGAAUAUACACCCUGAUCCAUUUUGUGGCCUUUCUGGAUACAGAGUCCAUAUCUGAAAAACAAAAACAACAAGAGUCACAGGUCACAGAUGAUGAAGCGGAUGACAGUGACGAAAUGAUGUUUCCAGGUCUGCUCACAAGAAGUCACAACCAUGGAACUCUGGUGUGAACAAGGAUGAACCGAAACACAACCAGAACCUGUUUUUAGCACUUUGAAACAACCUUGUAACGUAUGCAGCAUUCAAAACCGUUUUAACACUCAUAAAACAAGCACAACACAACUUCAUUAGAGGGUGUGUCUGUGUGUGUGUGUGUGUGUGUGUGUGUGUGUGUGUGUGUGUGUGUGUGUGUGUGUGUGUGUGUAUGUGUGUGUGCAUGUGCAUGGGUUGUAGGAAUGAAAUAACUAGCCAAUACCAAAGCAUUAAAUUAAAUACAGUUAAUGACUGACAGCUAGGUAACAGGGUGUAUCUGAACAAGCUAAUUUAUUUCUUGUAUCAGUUCUGCUUCUGUGUUGACACUUCACUGUCAAUGCAACACAAUACGAAGGUAAAGCUACAACUUUAUGAAGGUUUAAGAUGGACAAUGUGAAGAAGACAUUUUUAACUUGCCAAUUUUCACUUUAAUCACUUUAAUCUUGAUUUAGUCAUUUAUUAUUAUUAUUGAAAGUGUUUUUAAAGAAUCCAAUGAUGAAGGAAAAUGGUGCUGGUCUUACAGCCAAAAAUGAUUGAACUCUGCUCUGAUUCUUUGUUUAACGCACAUUUUAUUUUCAAUGCCGGAGAAUUAUCAGACACGUCUGAUGAAACCAUAUUUCUGUCUGCUGUGUGUCAAGUUUCUCUCUUAUUCUUUUUACCUGUUUUUAUAAUGACUGAUAAUGAUGAUUUAGGAAAAG